AGCACCGCUUCAAUUCGAACUAAUCUAACUUUCCAAUAAGCUAGAGACGUCCGUCAACUGCAGCGGAUCAGAAAAUCGAUUGCCAUCGGAGAGUCUUCUCUUGCGUGACUUGUUCGGUAAGAGCCAGCUACAGUACAUCAACUACAAGCUAGAAUAUGGAUUACGUUACGAUCCGAAAGUAGUCGAAAGUAAACGUCAGACGCCGCAACAGCACCAAUCGACGCCAGUGUUUCCGCUGGUAAAUGCAAGCAAUGAGGAAGAAAAGCCGACCCUUUCGCCAACGCCACCACUACUGCUGCUACUACCGGGAGAAGCGGUGAUCGCGGAAAAUGAAACCUCGACCAGUACCACACCUGUUCCCCCGCCAUCGGUGUCGAUUGGUCCGAACGACUCGGUCAGUAACGUCAUGCGGCCACCCACGCGAAUCGAGAAUGCUGUUGCACUGAUAGGGGAACGUUUGCAGAAACUUUUCUUGCACAGUUUAGAACCCAAUACUACAGAGUCCCAAGUUAUUGAAAGGUUGAAAUCUCCGCUGACCUUGUUCAGUGUGUUCAACGUGAUCAAAUUUGAAAAUGCACCGUGUUUGGCGAAAAGGGACAACCAAGCUACGGCGUACGGAAUUUGCUACCACGAGGUGGAGUGUAACCAGCUGGGAGGGGUGCCAAUGGAUCUAUGUGCUGCCGGAUUCGGGGUUUGUUGUGUUUUUCAACUGGGAUGCAGUGAACAAACUGCACAGAACAUCAGCUAUUUUCAAAGUCCCAGCUACCCGACGGCGGUUCGAACCAGGUUGGCCUGCAGUUUGGCCGUGGGUCUUCGCUGGAACGUACGGCAGGUGUUGCUGGAAUUCGUUUUCUUCGAAAUGGCACCUCCAGUUGAUGGGAAUUGUCUCAAUGAUCAAUUGAUCAUAUCGGUACAGAACAGCUACCGGAAGUAUCCGAUUCUUUGUGGCAUCAACAGUGGUCAGCAUGUUUAUCUUCAGAUCGAUAGAGAGUAUUCGCACUUUCUGUACUUGACGGCUGUUUCCAACUCUGAGGAACCGAAAGCAUUUAAUAUUCGAAUAAUUCAGAUAGUAACACUGGAAGCUCCGGAAGGGUGCCUGCAGUAUUUCGACCGAGUAAACGGGUAUAUAAAGUCAUUCAAUUAUGACAACCAAUCAGUAAUUGUUCGCAAAAGGAAUCCUAGCUACUUGAACAAUCUUAAUUACGCGAUCUGUAUCAAGCGAACGUCUCACUUCUGUGGCAUAACGUUCACCAACGUUGGCGAAGAUGGCGAGCCGAACGAGUUUCAACUAAUCAAUGUCGACGAAGAGGGAGCCAGCCUGGUUCAGCCCAACUCGGCCGGUGUGGAAAUCUACAGUUGUCCAGAUGAUUAUAUUGCUAUCAACUAUCUGCGGUUGUGUGGAGAGCGACUGAACGACGGUUCCAGCAGCGAAGAUUACACCCGAAACAGUCCCGUAACGGACGAUAGUGGGGGUCCAAUAGUUGUUCCCGUUCGCUCCAAUGCUGAGAUUGUUGGGCGCGGGUUUAAGCUUAUGUAUCGGCAGGAAAUUUGUAAAAAACGAAAAUGA